UCCCACUAUGCGCGUGUCUAUCUCCUGUGAAGCUUGCCGACAAUCCAAAGUGAAGUGUAUCCACAACGGACAGGCCCCUUGCCAUCGAUGCAACCGACUCAAUCGCACUCAUUGCGAGCUCACCGACCCCAGGUCUGCCUCGUUGACCCCCAGAAAGUCGGUCAAGCGGGGUAGAGCAGUGCGGGCAUCCCCGUCUCUCAGCCAAGGCCGUCCACAGACCGUCGCCACACAGUCUACUGGCAAUCAGAAUGUCUGUCACCACUGCGAGUCGCCAAAUCCAAUAGCGACACUGCCAGCAGCCACAAUCAUUCACGCCUGUGACACAUAUCGCCGAAAGUUCCCGGUGGUCAACUUCCUCCACUAUCCGUCGCUCAUUGCGGAGGUUUCUGCUGAUUCAUCGGCCGUGGACCCCGUCUUUGUAUCGUCCUUAUUGUCACUAUGUGCACGCUUCAUUCCCGGGCUGGCCUCGGAAGAGGUAUACGCCGACUAUGCACGCAAGCAACUGGCGCGACGGGCCUUUGAGGCACCUUCAUUGUCAAUGGCGCAAUCGCUGGUGAUGAUUUCGCUCUACGAGUGGGGAUCUGGCCGUCCCUACAAAGCGUGGAUGUAUAGCGGCAUGGCCACGUAUAUGAUUCAAUCCUUGCUGAAGACGGCGGAUGACAGCAUGGAGCAUAACCCGGACGAGUUCUACGCAUCACAGGCCCAGCAAACGCAGUAUGAACAACUCGUGCGCACGUACUGGGCUCAGUUUGCCCAAGAUUGCGAGCUCUCCUCCGGGGCCCGACAGCACUUCGCACUUUCCUUCGACGUUAUCAAGGUUCCUCUACCUAUCAGCGACAGGGACUUCAACUUUAGCCUCCACAGCCCGACACGUUGGAUGCCAAAAGACCUCAACCGGCAGUCUCUGACGGCUCCACUCACCAUUGACCAUGGAUUGACUAUAGUGACACGGGGCUUCGAUAUUUUCGUGAGAAUACUGCGGUAUGCCAACGAAAGCCGGCGGGGGCGGGAGUCUGAGUCCCCUCCUCACCGCGCAUUCCAAUCCCUCCUUGCAGAGUUGGAUCAAUGGCGGACCCUACAGGACGUGACGGUUCGCUUUCCCGACACGCACGCUUUGGCACACGUAGCAUUGGGAUAUGGAGAAUUGUUUGCGUACAUUAAUCUGGUCUAUUUCAUGAGUGUACUGUUCCUCUACCGCGAUCGCGUCCUGACAGGCAUCGCUUGGGGCACGUUUGAAGGCGACGAUGCAUUCAAUAGGCUUUUCACCGCAUCCCAAAGCAUUGGAGGCAUUCUGUCCGAGCUGGAAGCCUCGGAAACUCCCGUGAUCACCCCAUACGCGGGGUUCAGCGUGUUUGUGGCGGCCCACAUCAACAUGUACGGCACGGUUUCGCCCCACCCUUACCCCGGUGGGCGCGAGAGAGCGGAGACGGAAAAGAAAGCGAACUUUGCAUACUUGGAGCGCGUGUGCAAGUUUUGGCCUGGGGUUGGAAGGAGUUGGUGGCGCACCGUGCAAGAAGCGAACCGAUUCUAUGAAAACGCCCGGAAUCACCCAGGGCACGUCAUGGCUUUGGCUCGGCCGGGCCAUCUCGCUCUUGCGGGGACGCUGGAUGAAUAUGGUGAUAUUCGAUCCGCACGGCGACAUGAGCUCCCUACCAUGCGACGCCGACGAGGGGAGACGAUCUUGGACGAGGGCGAUAUGGGAAGACACAGUACCGGUCAGGUACCUGAUGUCCGGCCAAUGGCGGAGCUACACGAGUGGGAAGCCGAAUUGCUGCAGUGGCCUUUCAUCGAUGAGACAUGGACCUCUGGAUUUGACACGGGGGUGGAAGCGGCAUGGCCCAAUCUUAGCUAA